AUGCUGUCGAGAUAUCAAAGGUUAGCCCACAACCGGUUGGUAGAAGGCUAUGUUCGGCAUAAAUUUCCUUCGAAAUUCGAUAAUGUAAUUGUCGCAAUGUCGUCUGGCGUCGAUUCCUCAGUUGCAGCGGCCUUAUUUGCUGGGUUUCCCAAUGCCAGAGGUGUAUACAUGCAGAAUUGGUCGAAGUCACAGUCGUUAAAUGAUCCGUCGAAGGAGCUUUGCUACGAAAGGGAUUGGAAGGAUGUUUGCAAAGUUGGUUCUCAUCUUAAUUUCCCAGUUGAAAGAGUGAAUUUUGAGCAAGACUACUGGAUAGACGUGUUUGAGCCUAUGUUAAAGCAGUACGAAUGUGGCUAUACGCCGAACCCUGAUAUCGGUUGCAAUAGAUUCGUCAAGUUUGGGAAGCUUCGCGAACAUCUUGAUGCCAAAUUAGGUCCUGGUAAUUAUUGGCUCGUUACAGGCCAUUAUGCAAGGGUUAUGAAGGCAACGCAAACAGGCGAGGCGCAUCUUCUGCGAUCCUUCUACCCAGAGAAGGAUCAGAGCUAUUAUCUUUCUCAAAUCCCGGCAAGCAUUCUUCCGCAACUCUUGAUGCCUGUGGGGGACUUAACGAAGCCAGAAGUACGACAGUUUGCUCACGAGCUUCAAAUUCCCACCGCAGACAAGCCUGAUUCGCAAGGAAUAUGUUUUGUGGGCAAUUCCCAGCACGGAAAGUUCAACAAAUUCCUGGAGCACUAUCUUCCCAGCCAGAAAGGCAACAUCAUAACUAUAGAUCCCGAGUCUGCUGAGAAAACGGUAUGGGGUGAGCACGAGGGCAUUUGGUCGUAUACCGUGGGCCAGAAAGUUGGAAUCUCGAUGCCUCAGGGAGACCCUCGCUAUCAGGGUGCCUGGUACGUUGGUGAAAAGCUUCUUGAUACCAAUGAAAUUGUCAUUGUACGUGGAAGGGAUCACCCUGUCCUCUACAGGAACUUCCUUGAGCUAAAAAAUUUCAUGCCAUUGGGAGAUCAGGAUACUACGCGACAAGUUGUCAAUCAAAGUAUGCUGGAUGGCAAGGUGUCCAUCCAAUACCGCUCUUUGCAGACGCCAAUACGGGUGAAAAAUUUGCAAUGGAACGCUGAAAAGAUGACUUUACUACUUGAAAAGAGCCAGCGUGCAAUGGCACCAGGUCAAUACUGCUGUGUGUACAUCAAUGAUCGUGUAUUGGGAAGUGGAAUCAUAUCUUCUACAUGUGUAAAGUAA